CAUUUUCAAAAAUUACAACGAGCACCCUCUGCUGUCAAGCUCGCUGUCUCUCUCUCUCUCUCUGCCAGAAGCUUGCGUCGGAGAAGACGAAGAGAAGCGAAAUUGGGAUCGAGCAGCGUAUAUAGGAAGAAGACGGACAAUAUAUAUGGAUAGAGGAAGAAGAAAUUCGAAACCCGUAGUUACAGAUGAACGAAAGACUGAGAAGAAGAUGGAGGGCGAUGAGGAGGUAGACGCGCUGCUGCGAGCGGCGGAAGACGAAUUGCUUCUCAAUCUCAGCAUCAACUCUCACAUGGCCCGCCGCGGAGGCGGAGGUACUUCUUCCGAUUAUAUGGAUCCUGAUCUUGAUCGCCGCUUCAAUGUCCUCAAACUCAAAUCAUCCCCUAAUAUUGCUGAUGAUGCUAGUGCUCGUACCGCUGAUGCCGAUGAUCUCGUUGCUCGAUUCGCUGCUCUCAAGACCUCUAUUCAUCCCUCUUCCUCGCCCUCCUCUUCUCCCUACUAUGAUCCUCCCCGUUCCCCCCAUAACUCCGGCGAAGAAGAAGAUGAGGUCCAGAAGGUCAUCCAAUGGGCGAUCGACGCUGCUCGACUCGAUCCUUCUCCUCCCACAGAUGAUGACGACAGUGCAGAGAACAUCAGUGACGAUGACGAUGAUGAUAACGGUACUUAUCGUCACAGGAAGAAGUAAGAACUGAAGGGCUAACAGAAGAGACACUUGCUAGUAUGUCUUUCUUCACCUCACAGAUCAAUCUCUCUCCAUCAAAUGUUUCUCUGGGCGGAUGUUUAUACUCUAUUGUGUUUAGAGAGUGAUCAAGAUUCUGUAGAAUUCAUUUACUUCAUUUACAAUCAAGAACCAUAAGAUUAUGUGAGUUAACUUUGAUCUUUUUUGUUACUUUAAUGUUAAAUCCUAUUAGAUUCUUAUCAGAUUGUUAUUGUCGGAUAAUUCUAUCAGAAGCACAAGCAUGUGCUUGAACAAACCAA